AUGUCUGCGCUCCGCAGAAAAUUUGGGGACGAUUACCAGGUAGUGACCACUUCGUCCAGCAGCGCGGGCUUGCAGGGCCAGGGGCCCCAGCAGCAGCAGCAGCAGCAGCAGCAGCAGCAGCUGGUCCCCAGGAAAAAGCGGCAGCGGUUUGUGGACAAGAACGGGAGGUGCAAUGUGCAGCACGGCAACCUGGGCAGUGAGACUAGCCGCUACCUCUCGGAUCUCUUCACCACCCUGGUGGACCUCAAGUGGCGCUGGAACCUGUUCAUCUUCAUCCUCACCUAUACCGUGGCGUGGCUCUUCAUGGCGUCCAUGUGGUGGGUGAUCGCCUACACCCGGGGAGACCUGAACAAAGCCCACGUUGGCAACUACACGCCCUGUGUGGCCAAUGUCUACAACUUCCCCUCUGCUUUCCUCUUCUUCAUCGAGACCGAAGCCACCAUCGGCUACGGCUACCGCUACAUCACCGACAAGUGCCCCGAGGGGAUCAUCCUCUUCCUCUUCCAGUCGAUCUUGGGUUCCAUCGUCGACGCCUUCCUGAUCGGCUGCAUGUUCAUUAAGAUGUCCCAGCCCAAGAAGCGGGCGGAGACCCUUAUGUUCAGCGAGCACUCGGUGAUCUCCAUGAGGGACGGGAAGCUGACGCUCAUGUUCAGAGUGGGCAACCUGCGAAACAGCCACAUGGUCUCCGCUCAAAUCCGCUGCAAGCUGCUCAAAUCUCGACAGACACCUGAGGGUGAGUUCCUCCCCCUUGACCAACUUGAGCUGGAUGUAGGUUUUAGUACAGGGGCAGAUCAACUUUUUCUUGUUUCCCCCCUCACAAUUUGCCACGUGAUCGAUGCCAAAAGCCCCUUCUAUGACCUAUCCCAACGAAGCAUGCAAGCUGAACAGUUCGAGAUUGUCGUCAUCCUGGAGGGCAUUGUGGAAACAACUGGGAUGACCUGUCAAGCUCGGACUUCAUACACUGAAGAUGAAGUUCUUUGGGGUCACCGCUUUUUCCCUGUUAUUUCCUUAGAGGAAGGAUUCUUUAAAGUUGAUUAUUCCCAGUUCCAUGCAACCUUUGAAGUCCCCACCCCACCUUACAGUGUGAAAGAACAGGAGGAAAUGCUUCUGAUGUCCUCCCCUUUAAUAGCACCAGCCAUAACUAACACUAAAGAAAGGAAUAAUUCUGUUGAAUGUCUAGAUGGAAUAGAUGACAUUAGUACCAAACUCCCAUCGAAGUUACAAAAAAUUACCGGAAGAGAAGACUUUCCCAAAAAACUCCUAAGAAUGAGUUCUACAACUUCAGAAAAGGCCUACAGUUUGGGAGAUUUACCCAUGAAACUUCAACGAAUAAGCUCAGUUCCUGGCAAUUCAGAAGAAAAACUGGUAUCUAAAACCACAAAGAUGUUGUCUGAUCCCAUGAGCCAGUCAGUGGCUGAUUUGCCACCAAAGCUUCAAAAGAUGUCAGGAGGUGCAGCCAGAAUGGAAGGGAACCUUCCAGCCAAAUUAAGAAAAAUGAACUCUGAUCGAUUCACAUAACA